UUUUAAAUUAUUUAAGUCCCGAACUAACCCAAACUAGCUCUAACCGCAUGAUCCAAACAGGCCCAUAGUGCUACAAGCAAAAACACUGGACCCAACUGCUCAACCGAUCACAAAGAACUCCAUCCAUGAUCACUGGAGCCGGCGACGACGGGCACGGCGUUGGCGCCGGGGCAACGGCAAUCCCGUCCGUGAUCCUGAACACGGGCCACGCGAUGCCGGUGCUGGGGUUCGGCACGGGCUCGCCAAGCAAGCCGGCGGACCUGGCGGACACCAUCGUGCACGCCGUCCGUCUCGGCUACCGCCACCUGGACACGGCGUCCAUGUACCGCACGGAGCCGGCGGUGGGCGCCGCCGUAGCCGAGUCCGUCCGCGCCGGCGCCGUGCCCUCCCGCACCGACCUCUUCGUCACCUCCAAGCUCUGGAUCUCCGACGCGCGCCCGGGCCGCGUCGUCCCGGCGCUCCGCGAGUCGCUCGCCCGCCUCGGCCUAGCCUACCUUGACCUCUUCCUCGUCCACUGGCCCGUGGCCGCCACCGCCGGCGGCCUCCCGGUAGACAAGAGCACGCUGGUGGAGUUCUACAUGGAGGGCGUGUGGCGCGGCAUGGAGGAGUGCCACCGGUUGGGCCUGGCGAGGUCCGUCGGGGUGAGCAACUUCUCGGCGGCCAAGAUGGAGAGGCUGCUGGCUCUCGCCGCCGUGCCGCCGGCGGUCAACCAGGUGGAGAUGAACGUCGGGUGGAGACAGGAGAAGGUGCGGGAGGUGUGCGCCCGGCACGGCGUUGUUGUCUCCGCCUACUCGCCGCUCGGCGCGUACGGCGCCUUCUGGGGCUCCGACGCCGUCAUGGAGAGCGGCGUCUUGCACGACGUCGCCGCCGCCAGAGGCAAGACCGUCGCGCAGGUGGCGUUGAGGUGGCUAUACGAGCAGAGCGUGUGCUUUGUGGCGAGGAGCUACAAUGGUAAGAGGUUGAAGCAGAACAUGGAGAUCUUCGACUGGGAGUUGAGCGAGAAGGAGAAGGGGAUGAUUGACACGAUACCGCAGAGGAGGGCGUCUUUGGGUGAGCGUUUCAUGUCGCCCGACGGGCCUUACAAAACACCCGAGGAGCUCUGGGACAGCGAUAUAUGAAUAUAUGUACCCGGUUCGGAAAUAUUUGACGUGGUUUUAGUUCA